AUGCUAUCUCGACGAAUGCUCGACGCUAAUCCACACAGAACUCGAAACGGUUGGAUACCGUUAGCCAUUAUUAUUUUCAUAAUGAUCGUGCUUUUGUUUGUGGCAAUCUGUAUUGUGCUCAGUUUGUUACCCACCUAUUUGCCUGACAAAAACAUCAGCGUCACAACUACUAACGGACAAAGUACAUUCUUAAAUGCUCGUUAUCUAACAAAUGGGGAUCUUACUGGCAAAACUGUUGCAAAUAAAGUGAGCUUAGGCCAACAAUUGAGCACACAGUUGGGCAUUCCAUCAAGUGCGCUAAGCGUGCAAAGCGCUCAAUUUCAGAAUACAGCGACGACCGGAAAACGCAAAAGACUAUUUCUCAGGAUUCUAUCAACUCUUCGUGAAAGUAGGCAAACUUCUAUCAGCAGUAUUCUUGUUAUCAUCGCAGAAAUCAAUUUCCCUUCAACGGUAUGCAAAACCAAGUUUUGCCAAGACGAUUAUUCCAACAAAGUCAAAUCACAGAUGCAGACAGUUACAACUAUUCCGAUUUCGUUAACAUUCACUGAUGGCACUAACCUGGACAUUAAAAUAAUUUUCCAGACUGUAGAGGACGUGUCUUCCGGUACAACAACAACUGUCACCGGCACAACAACAACUGCCACUGGUACAACAACCACUACAACCGAUACAACCACUGCCACUGGUACAACAACAACUGUCACUGGCACAACAACAACUGCCACUGGUACAACGACCACUACAACCGAUACAACCACUACCACUGGUACAACAACCACUAUCUGA